AUAUAGGAACGAGGACCGAUAUUCCAGUAGCUGGUUUGUGUUUGAGAUGAAUUGUAAUGUGAGGAACUUAACCUUCCGAUUGUACUUAUGGUUAUAAAAUAUUGUUUAGAAAUUUGUUUACAUUAAGGAGCUAUGAAUAUUUGAUUAUCUAGUGCCGAUUUCAAAAGUUACUCCGCUAAGAUGGACAUGUGUGAUAUACGCUCUAUAGAGUUCAUAGAUUUGAGCGGCAUUGACUCCGUCGAGCAGAACAGGAUUAGGACGUCUUUGCAGCAAUAUGACGCCAGUGUUCAGCUGCCCUGGGUGAAAAAAACUAAAACCAAGUCGAGCUCAGGAAGACAGCAGCAGAGGGAAAACGUCCAAACCCAGGAAGGUAUUCCUGAGAUACAACCCAUAGCUGUAUCUUCGCCUUACGACUACUACCCGCACACUGUGAUCUCCCCGACGAUGUACCACCAGCAUCCGCCCGUGAUGGUACAGCCGAUGCUGCCCUAUCCGCAUCCCCAAUCGAGCGUCAUCUAUUAUAACGCCCUCUCUCCGAUGUCGCCCCCCUAUCCCCAUGUCUUUGUGCAACAGAAUCCCGCAGUUCAUGGGUACCCUCACAACAGUGGAUUCGAUUAUCAGCAGACGGUGGAAGCACCGAAGAUGGGCAGUGUGGUGGAAGACUCGCAGCAGAAUGGUCAAGUUUUUUCGGAAGACCCGCAACAAAAUGGUCAAGAGGAAGAGGAGGGAAUUCAAAAUGAGGCUGAAGUGAGUCCUCCGGCUGAACCGUCGCAGUUUCCUGAAGAAGUAAUUCCCAACGGAGUUGCAGUGUCCCCAAAAGAAGUAAUUCCCAACGGAGUUGAAGUAACGAACCCCACCCCUGCCGCGAAAUCAUGGGCAAGUCUGUUCAAAUCCGGCAACGCUAAUGCUACUUCUGCACCUGUCAAUAGUUUCAACAAAGACGCUUCUGGCCAUGCUGUCAAAGACGAAACCAAUCUACUCACGUGUCCCAUCAAGCACCCCAGAAGGGCCGACCAGUUUGUGGAUCCUGACAGUUACAGGAUGGGCGAGUUUUUGACUACGUAUACGAUCGAUAACAGGGCAGUGAGUUUGAUGCCAAGGGGUUUGCUCAAUGAAAGCAAUUACUGCUAUGUCAAUUCUAUUUUGCAAGCCCUGAUUGCGUGCCCACCACUCUUCAACUUGUUGAACAGCUUGAGCAAGAACAUCUCGUCGAACGAGAAAAGAAAAUCCUCCCCAGUUAUAGAUGGAAUGUGCCGUUUCGUGAGGCAGUUCGACUUCUUGCCCGCCAACAUUAGGACGAAAGACAGGAGAGUGGACAAAAAUGUCAAGAACGACCAAACAGUUAUGGUCAAUACGGGUAUCCCGUUCGGUCCGACGUGGAUUUAUAAAAUGCUGCAUAGCAUGCGAACCGACUGGAUCGAGGGUAGGCAGCAAGACGCCGAAGAAUUUCUAGGUUUUCUGUUGAACGGGCUCAACGAUGAAAUGCUGGAGUCAGUAGAGUUGGUUAAAUCUUACACCGAACAUGAAAAACCUGCCGUUGACUCUGCUGUGGAAACUGAUUCAAGUGAUGAGUGGAAGGUGAUGGGAUCAAAAAAUAAAGGAUGCGUGACAAGAAGAACCCACUUUGCCCGAACACCGAUAAUUGACAUCUUUGGGGGGCAACUCAAGUCAAGCAUACACCGUGCCGGAGACCACAUCACCGAGAAUAUUCAGCCUUUCCUCACGCUGCCUCUCAACAUCGAGAAUGUAAAGACUGUCAGGGAGGCGCUUGAGGCACUCGUCACCAAGAACAGAUUAGAGGGGCUGACUUCGUCGAAAACUAACGAGCAAGUCGAAGCGUGGGAGCAAGUAAUGCUAUGCGAACUUCCCGUUAUCCUCAUAUUGCAUCUGAAGUGUUUCGAUUACAGCUACAACGGAUGCACGAAGAUUAUCAAGGCCUUGGAGUUUGGAAUCGACUUGAAAAUUGAUUCAAAACUGGUUUCGUCGAAAACACAGUCCCCAAAGGAGAAACAGUACAAACUGUUCGCCGUCGUGUACCACGACGGCAAAGAGGCCAACAAGGGGCACUACGUAACUGACGCCUUCCAUGUCGGAUAUAACUGCUGGUUGAGGUACGACGAUUCCUCGGUCAAGACAAUACAGGAGGAGCACCUGCUGAAGCCGCAGGGAACGCGAGUACCCUAUUUGCUGUUCUACAGGCGCAGCGAUACGAUCCGACUUAAAUAAGGCCCCCCAAGGGGGAUGAGGUUGCUGCGGUUACGUGGGGGCCAGGGAGUGGAAGCGGCCGGGCCAUUUCCCACGAAUACGGGCCGUCUGGGAACGUGCGGAAUUCCUCUGUCGAGUUUUUACCGGAUUUGUUGGUUUUAGUAGAUUUUUAUUCUUGCAGCGAUGAUCGAACAGCAGCGCGUGUCGCACGUUUUCAGUCGCUCUGCCAAACAAGUUUAAUUAGGUAUCUUAUUUUAAUAAAUGAACUUUAUACAGUUUGACAUUUUUACCUGUAAAUAUUUAUUAUGAUAGAGAAUGUUAUGCGAAGUGCAUGUUAUUAUGAUGAUUCUGGAGGAGACCAAUAAAUUUUUUAUUAUUGAA